GUGAGUUUACCGUUUCAAAGUUAUGGAGUAAAUAAUACUAGUAAAUAAUAUGGAAAUAGAAUUCACAACAUAACAAUAUUGUUCAAAUUAUUGUUAUAAGUAUACGUUUUAACAACUUUACCCCAUUCGUAAUACGGAACUUAUGCCUUUUGCUUUCCUAACCGGUCAGUAGUUGUUUUUAUUUUAAUCAUGUCUGACGCCUGGGAAGAAAUUCAAGCUGUGAAGAGCAAAAGAAAUAGUCUUAGAGAGAAGCUUGAGAAGCGUAAAAAGGAACGGCAAAACAUAUUAGGCGCAACUCUCGUGAAUGAUAAAGGAGAAGGUUCAACAUGUAGCAAAGAAAAAUCUGUUUCCAGUCCAGCUCCUCAGAAAAGUGAAGUUCCUGAGAAACCAAAGCUGCCAGUUCCCGUAGCAUCUUUAGAAGUGCGUCUAUUACAAGUCCUGUCCGACAUGCAGCUGCAAUUACCUGCGACAGCCAGUGCAUUGAUACCAGGCCUAGGUGAUGUUGAUACUGGAAUUGUUGCAAGCUUACUACAGAAGUUUGCAACACAGAAGUUAAUCACCAUCAAAGAACGCUUAGAAGGUGCAAUGGAUGCAGAAAUUGAAGUUGUGAGUGCAGAAUCUGUUAGAUUGGCUGCAGUACUGACUGCCCUAAUAGAAGAACAAUCUGCUCCGGCUAAAAGAAAAGGUGACAGCGCAACAGACGAAAGUACAAAUCCCAAAGUUGCCAAAAACGUAACUGAUGACAAAAAGACAGCUAAGAGUGACACCGAUAUUAUGUCACUAUUAGCAAUGCCGUCGAGCAGAGAGAAGGCGGUAAAAAGAGUUGGUGAGGAGAUAAUGGACCUCCUCAGUAAACCUACUGCAAAGGAAAAAUCAUUGGCGGAUAAGUUCAAAAGUCAAGGAGGGGCUCAGGUUAUGGAAUUCUGUCCACACGGGACACGUGCGGAGUGCGUACGCAACGCGAAGACAGACAAGCCCGGGAAGCAGUACGAGUGCAAGAAGCUGCACUUUAAAAAGAUCAUACAGAGCCAUACGGAUGAGUCGUUAGGAGAUUGCUCCUUUUUAAAUACUUGCUUCCAUAUGGACAGUUGCAAAUAUGUUCAUUACGAGGUGGAUAAUGCUGACCCGAAUAUCACGAGCAAAACAACAAACGAACCUGCUACCAAAAAUUCACAUAAUGGUGCAACGAUAGUUCCGAAGCCGGAUGGAGUGUUGACAUUAACUCCUCCGCAAUGGAUACAAUGUGAUUUGAGAUAUUUAGAUAUGACAUUUUUAGGUAAGUUCGCAGUGAUAAUGGCGGACCCGCCGUGGGACAUCCACAUGGAGCUGCCUUACGGCACCAUGUCGGAUGAUGAGAUGAGAUGUCUCGGUGUGCCUCAGUUGCAGGACAGCGGCCUCAUCUUCCUCUGGGUCACCGGCAGAGCAAUGGAGCUCGGCCGCGAGUGCCUCAAGCUGUGGGGCUACGAGCGCGUGGACGAGCUGAUCUGGGUGAAGACCAACCAGCUGCAGCGCAUCAUCCGCACUGGCCGCACCGGACACUGGCUCAACCACGGCAAGGAGCACUGUCUGGUUGGUAUGAAAGGCAACCCUGAGAAUUUGAACCGAGGUCUGGAUUGUGACGUCAUCGUCGCCGAAGUAAGGGCAACUUCACACAAACCUGACGAAAUAUACGGCAUUAUUGAAAGAUUAAGUCCAGGCACAAGAAAAAUAGAAUUAUUCGGUCGACCACACAAUGUUCAACCUAAUUGGAUUACAUUAGGUAACCAAGUGGAUGGUGUAAGAUUAGUGGAACCUGAUCUCAUAGCGGCGUUUAAAAAACGUUACCCCGACGGCAACUGUAUGGCCCCACCUGCUGACCCACUUAGUGUAUGAACUUGUAUGAAAGUGCCUAAAGUAUUGAAUUAAGUGAUUUGUUUGAGAAAUAACAUGGACUGAUUAUAUAUUU